GUCGUGACUUCCGGUUGUCAGAAUUCCCCCAGACGCAGCGGCUGCCGGGGAAGGGGAAUUGUGCGGCCCUAAGUCGCCUUUGCCCCGGUGGUGGUGGUGGGCUCCGGGUGGGCUCGCUCAGCCCCUGCUGCGAUGCAUCCGCGGCGCCCGGACGGAUUCGAUGGCCUGGGCUACCGGGGUGGUGGCCGGGACGAGCAGGGAUUUGGUGGCGCUUUCCCUGCCAGGUCCUUCACCUCCGGGUCGGACCUAGGCCACUGGGUGACUACUCCCCCAGACAUCCCCGGCAGCCGCAACCUGCACUGGGGAGAGAAAAGCCCGCCCUACGGCGUGCCCUCCGCCUCCACCCCGCACGAGGGCCCCGCGGAGGAACCCUUUCCCGGCGGCUGCAGUACCAGCGUGCAGGGGCAAAGCACUGAACAGUUGAAUAGAUUCGCUGGAUUUGGUAUUGGACUUGCAAGUCUCUUUACAGAAAAUGUACUGGCCCAUCCUUGCAUUGUUCUACGCCGCCAAUGUCAGGUUAAUUACCAUGCUCGGCAUUAUCAUCUCACACCAUUUACAAUCAUCAACAUUAUGUACAGCUUCAACAAAACUCAGGGACCAAGAGCCCUGUGGAAAGGAAUGGGAAGUACGUUUAUUGUACAGGGAGUCACACUUGGAGCAGAAGGCAUAAUUAGUGAAUUUACACCUUUGCCAAGGGAGAUUUCACAUAAAUGGAAUCCCAAACAAAUAGGUGAACACCUUCUACUGAAAUCCCUAACUUAUAUGGUGGCAAUGCCUUUUUAUUCAGCAAGUUUAAUUGAAACUGUACAGAGUGAGAUAAUUCGAGAUAAUACUGGGAUUUUGGAAUGUGUAAAAGAAGGAAUUGGAAGAGUGAUAGGUUUGGGAGUGCCUCAUAGUAAACGACUCCUUCCACUUCUUUCCCUGGUCUUCCCUACGGUGCUGCAUGGAGUUCUUCAUUACAUCAUCAGCUCGAUCAUUCAGAAGUUUGUCCUGCUAAUUCUAAAGAGAAAGACUUACAAUAACCACUUAGCUGAGAGCACUAGCCCUGUGCAGAGUAUGUUGGAUGCUUAUUUUCCAGAACUUAUUGCUAAUUUUGCUGCCAGUCUUUGCUCUGACAUUAUACUUUACCCAUUGGAAACAGUUUUACACCGCCUUCACAUUCAAGGAACACGCACGAUAAUUGACAAUACAGACCUUGGCUACGAAGUACUUCCAAUAAAUACACAGUAUGAGGGAAUGAGAGACUGUAUCAAUACCAUAAAGCAGGAGGAAGGAAUGCUUGGCUUUUAUAAAGGGUUUGGUGCUGUUAUAAUACAGUACACACUGCAUGCAGCUGUCUUACAGAUUACCAAAAUUAUUUACUCAACACUUCUUCAAAAUAGCAUUUGAGAUUUAGGUUCUAUCACUGGUUAGUAUAAAAGACCCAAUCUGGAUAAUUUGCUAUGAAAUUAUGAGGGAUAAAAGUGAAAUACUGGGGGGAAAAUGGACUGGAAAAUGAAGCUGGUAGAAAAAGCCCAUGCUGAUUAUAUUGACACUUUUGUGUUUUUUAUUUGUUUGUUUUGUUUUGUUUUAAGGCAUAGGUAUAUAUUUUGGAUCAAAACUAUUGAAACUUGAAAACUUAAUAAAAAUGACACUUGUAAGAGUGAAAUUUUAGCUGGUUUAACACUCAUGCUGAAGCAAAAAUGAUACUGGGCAAAAGCAAAAAUUUAUCUUCAAAUAUGUAAAGUGAAAUUUUAUUGAGUCGGAUCUAUCCUAUCUGACCUUAAUAUUUGUUACAGGUUUAUUUUUCCUUCUAGAUUGAUAUUGAUAUAUUGUCCUAAUACAGUGUAUAAUAUCAGAAGGUUGUACCUUUAAACAAAUAAAUUAUGUCAUCAUUGAAUAAGACUAAAGAUUAGAUUUGGCAAUCUGUAAGCAGGAGUUAAAGGGUUUUAAAUCAUAUUUUCCCUAUGUAACUAUUUUAGUGGCUGUAUAUAAUAUAUAAGGCCAUUUCUGUACACAUAUAGAACUUGGAAUUUCCUUCAACCCUACAAAAUUUUCUACUCAUACAUCAGCUUAUUGCAUAAAAUACACUUUCUGCUUUAAUAUCAGUAAAACAUCAAAGUCAAGGUACCCAGAAGAUUUUAAUCAAACAUAGCACACUUGUCCGCAUCCAAACCCAGUGUUUCAGUGCCAGCAACUUAAAAUUCAUCAUAUGUUUAUAAAGUUUCGUUUGCUUGGCUAGUUUUGUGAAUUGUCAGGCUAUUUUUAGGGCAACUUUUAAGAAAUAAUCAUGACAACUAUUAUUCCUUCCAUAUUUACAAAUUGUGUACUCAAAAGGAACCUCAUAACUUUCAUUUCUGAAUGACUUAUCUUAAGCAAAAUUAAAAUUUACCUGGGAAUUUGUGCCUCUUGCCUACUAUAUAGUCAUCAUUAAUUAAUUACAUCAAUUUUUAUCUUUCAGUUUUAAAAAAGUUUCAUUCUCCAAACAAUACAUUUAAAGAAAAAUGUAAGAUAUGCUUAUCCCUUUUUAUUUAAACUUGUUUGGAUGAAUACUGAAGAAAAAUAUACAAACCUUAAAGGAAAUUUGUCCUUGUGUUUUAUUUUACAUUUCAACAAAUAAGUAACAGAAAAAAAUUGUUAAUCAGUUUAAUUUUUAAAAGUCUUUCUAAAUUUAAUUUGGUGAAUUACACUCUGUAGUAUCAAAUAAUAUGCAUUUGACUAAUCUACUAUUAAGCAUCUUAAAGUUUCAUUUCUAAACAAGAAUGGUCACCUUUUUUCUAUGAACCAUGAAGCACUCUAAAGUGCAGUGACUUUGGAUGUUGUCCAACCUAGAUUGCAUACAAACAGAUUCAUGUUAUUUUUAAAAUGUCACAGAGAUGGUUAUGAAUAAUUUUGGAACACACAAAAAGGAUACCCAGGUAUGUGAAACAGUGUAUAAGUAGCGACUCUUUACUAGUGUGUAUAUGUUUACUGAAUAACAUCAAGUUUUCCAUUUUUAAAUUCCACUGAGAGGGAAAGUAAACCCCAUUGGUCACAUUUUCUAUUUUAUGGUUAAUCUUUUAGUUUGUGGCUUACUUUAUCCAACCCGUGGGGUUUAAAUUUUUUUUAUUGUUUUUGAAAUGCUAAAUAAUGUUUUAUAUAUUUAUAAUAUAUUCAGCUUCCUGAACCUCUCAUUUUAUUAAAAUGAAGUGGUUUCAAAGAAGAUAAAUCAGAAAAUUUCAAUUUUCAGAAAUUUUCUAGGACAGAAUAUAAUGGGAAUCAAGUAUUACUACUAGUGAAAGUCUGUAGAAUCCUUCACCUAGCUAAAAAUCAGGUAUUUCAAGAUUUAUUGAAUGUUAGCAUGAUUAUGCAGUUAUAUAUAUUGAUUUUGUUUGCAUGAUUAUGCAGUUAUAUAUUUAUUUCAUUAUUGAGUCAUGGCUGAUGACCAAACUGCACACAUUUCUUUUUUCUGUUUGAAGAAAGAAUGCAAAUUAACAUGAAAACUAAAAUGGAGUAGUGUUAAAUAAAAUAUUAAUUAUUUUUUACUGUCUUUUCCAAAUUAGUUGAAAUAUAAUCUUUAAAAACCAAACAGUCUGACAGGCAUAGUGGUAUGUACACAUCUAUAAUCCCAGUUACUCAGGAGGCUUACAGAUUUGAGGACAGCCUGGGAAACAAUGAGACCUUGUCUUAAAAUGAAAAGUAGAAGGGACUAGGGAUGUAGUUUAGUGGUAGAGCAUUCCUGGGUUCAAUCCCCAAUACUAUGGGGAGUGUGGGGGGCGGGGUGGAAAUAAGCAUUUAACUGGUCAAGUGUUUUUCAGUGAAUUUAUAAAAGAACUGUCAGAUAAACUCUGCCCCUUUUAAAAUUUGCUAUUUUAAAUAUGGGUGCAAAAAUCUAAUCUCCAUAGCAUACAUUUCUUAAUAGUUCAAAUUAUGUUAUUAAAUUCAAUAUUACCAGUAGCAUCAUGGAUAGGAUUCUAUUAGGUAGUUCUGCAAGCCCACUGGUCCUCUUAUUAUAAGCCAGAUUUUGACCAUGGAGCUUGUGAUAUGAUAUGCUUCCCUUACAUUGCAGGGUUUCUUAAUUUGAGUAAAAUAGACUGAAAGUGGUAAAAUUAAAAACUGGUAAAGAUUAAUCCGUUUUGUGAAUUUAUGAAUUUAUUUGCUAAGUUGUAUAUAUAGACCUUCUUAACCUCAAUUUUAUAGGCCCUUAAAAAAAUCCUAAAUUAAUGAAGUUUUAGUCAAGCUUCCAUACUUUAGCACUGAUAUAAAAUAGUAAAAGCAAGCUAAUUUGCAAAGGGUUAUGAAUGGACUAUUAGAUACUUUAGUCAGUGCUUUUAGAAACAAAACUGGAAGGGUAAGAGAUCCUGCUCACUUGUGCAGAUGUGCCUGACUGUUAAUAACUGGUUUCAGCUCUGGCUUAGUUGUAACUGUACAAAGUAUUCACUUUAUUAAUUGAGCAUAAAUAUUUAAAUAUUUCUAUCCAAUUAUAUAUCUGUUCAGAAAAUAAAGAAGAUGCUGAUUUGAUAAAUUGAUUUGUCAACCGAGAUUGUGGAGGAUGUUUUUCCUCAGUGUUCUUAUCCAUCUUAUGGAACUAAAAGACUUCCGGGUAUCGAAAAGUUAUCCAAGUUUGAAUUUAUUUUCAAAACUUAUCUAAGCAAAUAAAAUCCCUUGCACUAGAAUUGGAAAAAUGUUUAAUGUUGGCAUUUCUGCUUUCUCUUUCAAGUAGUUGUACAUAAUCUCGCUCUCUCUCCUUUCACCCAUUAUAAAUUAAAUGAAAUGUGUAAUGUCUUUUUUUUUGGAGCCUUUGAGUAUCACUGAUAUACUAAUAAGUUGUGUAGCAGUGUAAUAAAAACUUGUAAUUUGACAAUGAACCUUAUGCAUUAUUACCUCAUCUAGAAAGAGGUGUUUUGUCUGUGUCUUUUCUUUUUAAUUUGUUUUUGUCUGAUUGGCAUUUUAAAUGUUUUUGGUAGCAAAUUGUGUAAUAUGAAAAGUUCAAUAAAAUGUUGAAAUAACACUA